CAAACAUCAGGUUCAAUUCCAGUCUCGUGAGAGGAGCUUCACUUCUUACAUUUGUUGGUUAAAUUUCAAUCCAUGGACUCUUUCCAAGGUUAGAACUAGACUGGCUCUGCCCUCCAAGAUUGACUUUGCUCUUUCCCUUCCUGGCUCCUUUCUCUUAUUCAGGGAGCUUUCAACGCCGGAGUCGUGCCCUCAGGAGCAGCUGUUCGCUUCCGUUUUGUGCGGAGCUUCUCACGCCAUCUCAAUUCAUAUACAGUGAAAUUUGAAAAGCUCUGCCAAAUAGACCUUGCACAAUGGCAGGCAAAGACCGUGAUGUCCUGCCGGAUGCGGUAAAGCCCAUUCAUUAUGCCAUUUCCCUCUAUGACUUGGAACUGGGCGGCUCUUUCAGUUACAAAGGGACUGUAAAAAUAGACACUGCUAUCCAAAAGAAAACUGCGGAAAUUGUCCUCAACUCUCUCGAAUUGAAGUUGCAUGAUGCCGAGGUCUUUACGGAGCACACUAAAACGCAACAUGCGAUUCGGGCGUCCAACAUCUCCUACGAUGAGACUUCACAACGGGUCAGGCUUGAGUUUCCUACUGAGCUUCCUACUUCCUCCAAGGCCAUAUUGGUGAUCAAUUUCAGCGGUACGAUGAACAACAAGAUGGCGGGUUUCUAUCGGUCCAAAUAUAAGCCAGCUGCACCGCAUGUGGCAUCCGUUCCUAGAGAUGCUGAGCAUCAUUAUAUGUUCAGCACGCAAUUCGAAUCAUGCGAUGCGAGACGUGCUUUUCCCUGCUUCGACGAGCCGAACUUGAAGGCGACAUUUGAUUUUGAUAUCGAGAUCCCCGCGGACCAGACAGCUUUGAGCAACAUGCCGGAAAAGGAGACUGUCAAGAGCAGCAAAGACAGUCUUAAGAUUGUCUCGUUCGAACGAACCCCCGUUAUGAGCACCUAUCUUCUGGCCUGGGCUUUUGGCGAUUUUGAAUACGUCGAAGAUUUCACGAAGCGCAAAUACAACGGCGUCAACCUCCCAGUGCGAGUCUACACGACAAAGGGCCUGAAGGAGCAAGGAAAAUUCGCACUUCAAAAUGCCCAUCAAAUAGUCGAUUAUUUCUCAGAUGUCUUUGGGAUUGACUACCCACUGCCAAAGGUCGACUUACUAGCAGUACAUGAAUUUUCUCACGGCGCAAUGGAGAACUGGGGUCUGAUCACCUACCGCACCACCGCCGUUUUGUUUGAUGAAGCAAAGUCUGACGCCAAAUAUAAGAACCGCGUUGCUUAUGUUGUGGCUCAUGAACUGGCUCACCAAUGGUUUGGGAAUCUGGUAACUAUGGAUUGGUGGAGCGAGCUAUGGUUGAACGAAGGAUUUGCCACUUGGGUUGGCUGGCUCGCCAUUGACCAUCUCUAUCCCGAAUGGAAUGUCUGGGCACAGUUUGUUACUGAGUCUGUUCAAUCAGCAUUCCAACUGGAUUCUCUCCGUGGUUCACAUCCGAUUGAGGUUCCUGUAAAAGAUGCAUUAGAGAUUGAUCAAGUCUUUGACGCGAUCAGCUACCUGAAGGGCAGUUCUGUGAUCCGGAUGCUCAGCGCCUACCUCGGAGUAAAGACAUUCUUACAGGGCGUCUCGAACUAUCUCAAGAGCCAUGCUUAUGGAAAUGCUACAACCGACGAUUUGUGGACAGCUGUAAGCCAGACAUCCAAGCAAGAUGUCAACGGAUUUAUGCACAACUGGAUCAAAAAGAUUGGGUUCCCGGUUGUUACUGUUGCCGAAGAGCCCGGACAGAUUACGAUUCGUCAGUCGCGUUUCUUGUCCACUGGAGACGUCAAAGAGACCGAGGACGAGACUACUUGGUGGAUACCUCUUGGCCUUAAGACUGCAAGCAAGCCGACAGGAAGCGCGGCGGGAGCCUUUUCAUCAAAGGAGGAAACACUCCGCGAUCUAGACGAGAGCUUUUACAAGCUCAAUGUAAAUCAAACUGGAUUCUUCCGCACCAACUACCCCCCUCAACGACUGGCUAAGCUUGGAAAUGCCCGCGAGAACCUGUCCGCUGAAGACAAGAUUGGACUGAUCGGCGAUGCCGCAGCCCUUGCUAUUGCUGGUGACGGCACAACGGCUGGAUUGCUUGCUUUUGUUGAGGGUUUCAAGGGAGAGAAGAAUUACCUUGUGUGGGCUCAAGUGAUCUCAGCCCUCGCCAACGUGCGCUCGAUAUUCUCGGACAAUGAGCAGGUGUCAAAAGGGCUCAAAAACUUUACAUUACAACUAAUUUCGCCAGCAACAGAGGCCAUCUGCUGGGAAUUCACUCCCAAUGAAGAUUUCUUGACCGGCCAGCUCCGCGCCUUGCUUAUUAGUAGCGCAGGUGGCGCAGGCCAUCAAAGCGUAAUUUCCGAGGCAAGGAGACGCUUUCAACUCUACAGCUCUGGCAAGGAUCAGGCAGCUGUACAUCCAAAUCUCCGUCUUGCCGUGUUCCGCACUAUUGUCACGGAGGGUGGAGCAGCAGAAUACGAAGCCGUCAAGGAACAGUAUCUGAAGACAACUGCAAUUGAUGGAAAGGAAAUUGCUUUGCAGGCCAUGGGGCGUGUCGACACGGCAGAGCUCGCCAACAACUAUUUAGAUUUCCUUUUCUCCGACAAAGUCGCCGUGCAAGAUCUCCACAGUGGCGCUGCCUCUCUUGGGGCAAACUCGAAGGCUCGCAUUCACUUGUGGCAAUACAUUAAAACACAGUGGGAUGCCAUUCAUCCAAAACUUGCUGCCAACUCGGUAGUGAUUGAUAGAUUCUUGAAAAUGGGACUGUCGAAGUUUGCUAGCCAUGAGGUUGGACAAGACAUUGCCAAAUUUUUUGAGGGCAAGGACAACCGUGGCUACGACCGGACUCUUGGGGUCAUCUCCGAUACUGUACGCGCCAAUGCAAAUUAUAAGGAAAGGGAUGAAAAGCUGGUGCUCGAGUGGCUGCAAGCUCAUGGCUAUGCCUAAUCGUAAGCAAUCUGCUGUUUCACCUUUACCAGAAUGAAGCCGAUAUACAUGUCCAUUGUGCGAUGCCGCGGAUGCCUCCAGCACCUUAGCAGAGCCAUCAUGUGACCAGAGUAUAUAUCAGGUAGACGUCAUUAGAAUGAGAAAUAUUGAAGAGCAUGAGAUUGC